AGCACAGCAAGUGAACUGAACCAGCUGAUAUCAACCCAAAAGGAGAAAAUCCAAAACCUGACUGACCUUAUCAACAAACUCAGUUCAGACAAUGACAACCUGACUUUGGUUUCUAUGGCCUUAAAAAACAACAGCACCAUGCUGACUGCAGAGAACCACAACCUGACGUCUCUUAAUGAGGAGCUGAAGGAACAAAGGAAAAACCUCACAGAAAUAAUAGAAACCUGGAAUGAGCUCAAUGUCAGCCGAGCUCAGUGGAGCAUUGAUCAAUACUGUCCUAAAAACAAUAAUGUGAGAAGUUGCAAAAAUUGCCAGGAUGGAUGGAAUUACCAACUUUCCAGCUGUUAUGUUUAUAUUAAUGCUCCACCUUCUGGUCAAACAAACUGGGAAGGUGCACAAGAAAUCUGCAAAACAAAGAAUUCAGAUCUGACUGUUGUGUACGACACGACAGAAAAGGAUUACGUCAAAACACAAAGUCCUGUUAGAGGAGACAUUAAUGGAUACUGGAUUGGUCUCAGAGCUGUAGGAGGGAAAUGGAAAUGGCUCGAUGGAAGUGAUCUGACCAAUCAAGCCUGGAUACAGCAGCAACCUGUUGAUGGUCAAUGUGUAACUUCUCUCAAGACCCGAGAAUGGACAUCAGUGAACUGUACUGAAAGAAACGCCUGGAUCUGUGAGAAGAAGGCUUUAACUGUUUAAACAUGAAAUGUUCAGGUUUUUGACAGGCUGUU